AUGCCUAAUGUCUUACCAACAUCGACCCUGCUUCUCAGCAUGCGACUAGUCAAGCUCCUCAGCGUCACGCUCAGCGUCCUCUCCCCCACUCCGGACCUCGCCCAGGCCACCACUUACUCCAACCCGCUUGAGAGGACUAAUGGAGGUGACCCGAGCAUCGUGUGGCACGGUGGCUGGUGGUAUAUGAUGGCCACCACCUGGAACGACCUUCGUCUACGUCGCACCCGGACUCUUAACGGCCCCAAGAAUAGCGAGUCCAAGCUCAUCUACUCCAGCACCGACGCGGCUCGCUGCUGCUUAAUAGCCAGGCCUACUUCGUCUACUCAUGCUGGCGGUCCGACACGGGCACCAACCGUCGAGGUCUAUACACAGCUAGAAGUUCAUUAG